GUUUUGAGGAGGAAGUAUUAAAUGGGAGCUUCAACUUUUGUUCUGGUUUCUGUGUCAUUAAUGGAGUACUGAUAGGAUGAACUGCUAAUGCCUAAAGUAUUGAGGGACUUUAGAUUAAUUUGUUAUUAUUGAGCAGUGCACGCACCAUGGUCAAUCUGGACUUUAAGGCAUGUACUAUGCCUGUAGGCAUAGUGCGGGUUCUGGAGGUGGUCUUCACCUGUAUCACCUUCAGCCUGGCGGCUUCAGUGAGACACACCACAGACGCCUUCUGGACAUGGUGCAUGUUCACCUGGUGUUUCUGCUUCUCUCUCACAGUCCUCAUCCUCUUCUUUGAGUUUACUACUCUCAACUCCAAGCUGCCCGUCUCCUGGGAGGAUUUCACCUGUGCGUUUGCUAUGCUGGCGACACUGAUGAUCCUGGCAGCUUCCAUCAUCUACCCUGUAAACUACACGUGCUCCCACUGCCCGAAACAGAUUGGCACCAGUGUGUGCUCCUGCCUGGCCUUCCUCUUGUACGCCAUUGAGGUGGGGCUGACCAGAGCUCGACCUGGGGAGAUCAGUGGCUUUCUCUCCACCAUCCCAGGACUCCUGAAAGUGCUUGAAGCCUUUGUCGCUUGCAUUAUCUUCAUCUGUCUGGACUCCAAUCAGUACACACAGUAUCCUGGUCUCCAGUGGUGCGUGGCUGUCUACUGCAUUUGUUUCAUAUUUGCCCUCCUCAUCAUCCUCUUCACCAUUGGUCGACUGCUGGCUCUGUUCCCUGCACCAUUUGAUAAAGUUUUAACAUUUGUGAACGUUCUGGCAGUACUUAUGUAUAUUACAGCUGUGGUCAUCUGGCCACUUUACAGCUUCAAGAACAAUCCCAGACCCAACAUAUGCAACACCUUUUAUAACUGUCAAUGGAAUAAGUUAGUAGUGAUCUCCUUUAUGACUUGUGUCAAUCAGAUUGCGUAUAUUGUGGAUACGGUUUACUCGAUGAGGCUUGUUUUCUUUGUCAGUAGGACGUAGUUAUCAUGAAAAUAAGAGAAAAUAAAAAUUAAUAUGAAAACAUACACUGACAAAUUUGUUUUCUUUUUGU